CAUUAUUCAUUCAGUUUAAUACCGACGCGACGUGUGUCUUGUAGUAAAAUUAAUUGUAAUCGAGAUUUAGUAUUUAAAUUAAAUGGCGGGUUCCAAUGACAAGCCUGCGAUGCAGCUCGGAGCUGCAAACGCAGCCUCCCACCUGCAGAACAUGUGCAGCCUGGACAUCGACUCCAAGUGCUCAUUUGUGCGUCUGUCAGGGAUCAUCUGCACCAUUGGGCCGGCUUCCCGCGACGUUGCGAUGCUGGAGCGUAUGAUGGAGACUGGCAUGAACGUAGCCCGCAUGAACUUCUCCCACGGCUCUCAUGAGUACCACGCCGAGACCAUCAAGAACUGCCGCGAGGCUGAGAAGAACUACAGCGCUAAGCUUGGCAUCCCCUUCUCUCUAGCUAUUGCUUUGGACACCAAAGGACCUGAGAUCAGAACUGGACUGCUUGAAGGUGGUGGUUCUGCGGAAGUGGAACUGAAGAAAGGCGAUACUAUCAAGCUGACGACUGAUGCUGCGUACCAGGAGCGUGGCACCGCGGCCACCAUCUACGUGGACUAUAAGAACAUCACCAACGUCGUGAAGCCCGGCAACAGGAUCUUCAUCGACGACGGGCUCAUCUCUGUCAUCUGCCAGUCCGCCAGUGUCGACACACUCGUCUGCACUAUUGAGAACGGAGGUAUGUUGGGUUCCCGCAAGGGAGUGAACCUGCCCGGUCUGCCCGUGGACCUGCCCGCUGUCUCCGAGAAGGACAAGUCUGAUCUGCUCUUCGGUGUUGAACAAGGCGUGGAUAUGAUCUUCGCCUCAUUCAUCCGCAACGGCGCCGCCCUGCAGGAGAUCCGCAACAUCCUCGGUGAGAAGGGAAAGAACAUUAAGAUCAUCUCCAAGAUCGAGAACCAUCAGGGCAUGGUCAACCUUGAUGAGAUCAUUACCGCUUCCGACGGCAUCAUGGUCGCCCGGGGUGACCUUGGUAUUGAGAUACCACCAGAGAAAGUGUUCCUCGCUCAAAAGACAAUGAUUGCUCGCUGCAACAGGGUUGGAAAACCAGUAAUCUGCGCUACCCAGAUGUUGGAAUCCAUGGUGAAGAAGCCCCGUCCCACGCGUGCUGAGAUCUCGGACGUUGCCAACGCGAUCCUGGACGGCGCGGACUGUGUCAUGUUGUCUGGAGAGACCGCCAAGGGAGACUACCCGCUGGAGUGCGUGCUCACCAUGGCUAACAUCUGCAAGGAGGCCGAGGCUGCCAUCUGGCACAGACAGCUGUUCAAUGACCUGGUCGUUGAGGUGAAACCCCCAAUUGAGCCAGCGCACUCCACGGCUAUCGCGGCGGUGGAAGCGUCCACCAAGUGCCUGGCGGCCGCCAUCGUAGUCAUCACAACGAGCGGCAAGUCCGCGUACUUACUGAGCAAGUACAGGCCGCGCUGUCCCAUCAUUGCAGUCACCAGGCAGGCGCAGACUGCGCGCCAGGCGCAUCUCUACCGCGGCGUGCUGCCCAUCGUCUACCAAGAUCCCGCGGCACAAGACUGGCUGAAGGACGUAGACAACCGCGUACAAAGUGGACUGAAGUUCGGUCGCGCGCGCGGCUUCAUCAAGACAGGAGACAGCGUCGUCGUCGUCACCGGAUGGAAGCAAGGCUCCGGGUUCACCAACACCAUGCGUGUCAUCCAAGUGGAAUAAGCAGCAGCAUCAGCUAUUGGCGCAAACAAAAUACAAUAAAAUAUAUUUAAGUAUUAGCUGAAAAGUGACAUUAUAGCGUGAUCUAUGGAGUCUCCGUUAAACAGUCGGAACAAAGAGGUUGAUUCUCAUUCCAGGGUAGGACCCAGGAACAUGUGAUACACGGACACUUCAUACACGCUAAGUGAUAUAUACAGAUGUAUAAAAGAAUGUAUCUCGAAAUUUAUACAUAGAGUUAGGCGUACAUAUUUAUUAUGUAAUUUAUAUGUUGCAUGUUUGUGUAAUGAAAUAAAGAUUUGAACGUAU